UUCAAAACAAUUCUACACCAAAUUUUAAAAGCAAAAACAUCUAAAACGGUUGCGAAACCACGUCAAUCUCCAUGUCAUUGAACACAUUGAAGGAGACCCUCAGGCAGUGCACAAACCCAUCAUCCUCCACGCUCAUCUCUUACACAAACUCCUCAAUUUCACGUGAAAUCGAUCCCAUAAACCCUAGAAAACCGCCCAAAUCAUCCCUCUCUAAGCAGCUUCAACGUCUCCAAGACCCCUUCUCUUUACCCCAAAUUCAACCGCGGAACCAACAAAAACAGUCACUAGACCAUGAAGAAGAAGAAGAAGUAGAAGCACAAGAAGGGUUUGAGAAACCCCAGUUGGGUUUUCUUCAAUUUGACUUCACGGGUCCUUUUGUACCGUUGGUCUUGUCUUCGGACGAUGAAGUUCCGGUGAUACAGAUUCCAGCAUCUAUCAACCAUAGGCUUCUUGAACAUCAAAGAGAAGGAGUGAAGUUUUUGUACAAUUUGUACAAGCACAACCAUGGAGGUGUUCUUGGAGAUGACAUGGGACUGGGGAAGACCAUUCAAACAAUUGCAUUCUUGGCUGCUAUGUUUGGAAAAGAUGGAGAAUGUGGUGACUCCACAAUACUUAAGGGAAAUCAGAUGGGAAAGAAGGGUCCCGUGUUAAUUGUUUGCCCAACUUCUGUUAUUCACAAUUGGGAAAGCGAAUUCUCUAAGUGGGCAACUUUUAGUGUCUCUGUUUACCAUGGUGCAAAUCGUGAUCUCAUUCACGACAAACUAGAAGCACAUGGAGUGGAGAUACUUAUUACCAGUUUUGACACAUACCGAAUUCAUGGCAGCAUCUUGUCAGAGGUUCCGUGGGAGAUAGUGGUCAUUGAUGAGGCCCAUCGACUGAAAAAUGAAAAGUCAAAACUUUACACUGCUUGUUUAGAAAUUAAAACUCGUAAACGAAUUGGUCUGACAGGAACCAUAAUGCAGAACAAAAUUAUGGAAUUGUUCAAUCUCUUUGACUGGGUGGCACCAGGUUGUUUGGGAACACGGGAACAUUUCCGGGAGUUUUAUGAUGAACCCCUCAAGCAUGGCCAGAGGUCAACUGCCCCUGAAAGAUUUGUCCGGGUUGCUGAUGAGCGAAAACAACACUUAGUGGCAGUUCUACAUAAAUAUCUUCUAAGAAGGACAAAAGAAGAGACCAUUGGCCAUCUUAUGAUGGGAAAGGAAGAUAAUGUUGUAUUUUGUGCGAUGAGUGAGUUGCAAAAACGGGUUUAUACAAGGAUGUUACAGUUACCAGAUAUCCAGUGCCUCAUAAAUAAGGAUCUCCCAUGCAGCUGUGGUAGCCCUCUUACUCAAGUUGAAUGUUGUAAAAGGACUGUACCAAAUGGAAUCAUCUGGUCAUACCUUCACAGGGACAAUCCCGAUGGUUGUGAUUCAUGUCCCUUUUGCAUUGUUCUUCCUUGUCUUGUCAAGCUCCUGCAGAUAAGCAAUCACUUGGAGCUGAUUAAACCUAACCCCAGGGAUGACCCUGAUAAACAAAGAAAAGAUGCUGAAUUUGCAUCUGCUGUGUUUGGUACUGACAUUGAUUUGGUGGGGGGAAACACUCAGAGUGAGAGUUUUAUGGGCCUAAGUGAUGUUAAACACUGUGGCAAGAUGCGAGCAUUGGAAAAGUUAAUGUUGUCUUGGGUUUCACAUGGUGACAAAAUUCUUCUGUUCAGUUACUCUGUCAGGAUGUUGGACAUUCUGGAGAAGUUUCUCAUACGCAAAGGUUAUUGCUUCUCAAGACUUGAUGGUUCCACUCCAACCAACUUGCGUCAAUCUCUUGUUGAUGAUUUCAACUCAAGUCCAAGCAAGCAAGUGUUUCUUAUAUCAACCCGAGCUGGUGGGCUUGGACUGAAUCUUGUCAGUGCAAACCGCGUAGUAAUAUUUGAUCCAAACUGGAAUCCUGCUCAAGAUUUACAGGCCCAGGACAGGUCAUUUCGUUAUGGGCAAAAGCGUCAUGUUGUGGUGUUCCGCCUUCUUGCAGCUGGUUCUCUUGAGGAACUUGUUUAUUCCCGUCAAGUGUACAAACAGCAGCUGUCAAAUAUUGCAAUUUCUGGAAAAAUGGAAAAACGAUAUUUUGAGGGUGUCCAGGACUGCAAGGAAUUUCAAGGCGAACUUUUUGGGAUCUGCAACUUAUUUCGUGAUCUAUCUGAUAAGCUUUUUACCAGUGAGAUCAUAGAGUUACAUGAAAAUCAAAGACAAGAUCAUGGGCACAAUCGUAGUACAAAAAUGGAUUUAAGUGAACUCGGAAGCUACUUCGUGCAAUCAAAAGAAGCUAUUGAAACAGUUUCCUCAGCGCCUGAAAGCAGAAAGCCUAAAUAUUUUAAGAGUGAUACAACGCUCGAAGACUUGGGUAUUGUGUAUGCCCACCGAAACGAAGAUAUCGUCAAUUUUGGUCCCACAAUUCAAGGGAAGGAAGAAGCGUCUGUUGCCCAGCAUGAUGGCCAGAGGCAAUUGCAUAUCCCUGUUGCAGAGAAAAGAAGACCAAAUGGAGUAUCUAGAAAAGAGAAUGCUUCUUCAGCCAAGGACUGGAAAAAGAGAGAAUUUAGCCUCCUGGCUCAGUUCAUGGGCAUGAAAGAGGUUGGAUUCAGCAAGUGGCUGCUAGCGGCAGCUCCUUCAGAGCGUGAGAAAGUGCUCCAAGAUUACAAGAAGAGAAAGAAGAAAAUACCUAAUGGAUGAGUAGGAGUCCUGAUUCCCUUGAAUUUGUAAAUAAAAUGGUUAUAGACCUUCAGUGUACAAUAUUGUAUCAUGUGAAAAAUGAAUGUACAGACCUUUAGUUUAGGGUUAAUCUUUAAUCAUUUUUUCUCUCAUGGAGCUCUAGCUUGUAAACAAGCCCACAUCUUGGGAAUGCAUAUAAGCUCAAUAUGGAAGCAUUUUCUGGCAAA